UAAAUGCCAAUCUGUGUGCAUUUCUUGUUCUGCCUAAUUAAAUAGUGUUGUUGAUCAUUGCAUUUAAAUGUCAUUCCUCUGUCGGUUCCUCUUGUAGUUCAAGCAGCAAGAAUGGCAGAUGACGCCACAGUUAUACUGGUGACAUGGACAGUUACAGAUAAAAAUGUAACAACUGUGAAUCUUGAGAUGCAGGAGGGGUGGAAGGGUCAGUGGGAGCCUGUCGCAGGAGCAAGUGCUCUGAGUAAAGCUACAACAAAAUUCAAAGUAACUAACCUCAAAACUGGCAAGAGAUACAGGUUCAGGUUGGAUAUGAGACGACCAGGGGAACAACAUCCUGUGUAUGUAUAUAGCGGAGUAGUAUGGGCCCCAUCAACCGGUAUGAAUUUUUCGUCAUAUGAAAAGGACGAUCUGAAAGGUAAACUUACUAGUUUUGCUGGUUUUUGGUUAUUUAAUUGAGAGUGUUUAAAAUUGGAUCGACACGCUGCUUCUUACAAUAUUAAGAGGCUGUCUCUGUAAAAUCC